UUUAGACCAGCCCAUCGCCGAGAAACUCACGGGACGCUAGGAGCCUGGGCCCUGUGGCCAGAGCUCUCUGGUCAAAGCGAUGAGGCUGGUGACCCAGUCAUGCCGUCUGUGGAUGACGUCCUGGAGCACGUCGGGGAGUUUGGCUGGUUCCAGAAGCAAGCCUUCCUGAACCUGUGCCUGACCUCGGUUGCAUUCGCCCCAAUCUACGUAGGCAUCGUCUUCCUGGGCUUCACCCCGGACCACCGCUGCCGGAGCCCCGGGGUGGCCGAGUUGAGCCAGCGAUGCGGCUGGGGCCUGGCUGAGGAGCUGAACUACACGGUGCCGGGUCCAGGGCCGGCGGGCCAGGCCUUCCCCCACCAGUGUCGCCGCUACGAGGUGGACUGGAACCAGAGCGCCCUGGGCUGCGAGGACCCGCUGGCCGGCCUGGCCGCCAACAGCAGCCACCUGCCGCUGGGCCCCUGUCGGUAUGGCUGGGUGUACGACACGCCCGGCUCCUCCAUCGUCACCGAGUUUAACCUGGUGUGCGAGGCCGCGUGGAAGGUGGACCUCUUCCAGUCCUGUGUGAACGUGGGCUUCUUCGUGGGCUCUCUGGGCAUGGGCUACAUUGCAGACAGGUUUGGCCGGAAGCUCUGCCUCUUGGCCACCACCCUCAUCAAUGCCGUCUUGGGCGUCCUGACGGCCGUCGCUCCGGACUAUGUGUCCUUGCUGCUCUUCCGCCUGCUGCAGGGGCUGGUCAGCAAGGGCAGCUGGAUGGCCGGCUACACACUGAUCACAGAAUUUGUGGGCCUGGGCUACAGAAAGACCGUGGCGAUUCUCUACCAGACGGCCUUCUCGGUGGGGCUGGUGCUGCUGUCGGGGCUGGCCUACGCCGUCCCGCACUGGCGCUCGCUCCAGCUCGCCGUGUCUCUGCCCAUCUUCCUCCUUCUGCUCUGCUACUGGUUUGUGCCCGAGUCUCCCCGAUGGCUGUUAUCGCAAAAGAGAAACACUCAAGCAAUAAAGAUAAUGGACCGAAUAGCCCAGAAGAAUGGGAAAUUGCCUCCUGCUGAUCUAAAGACGCUGUCCCUCGAAGAGGAUGUCGUCACGGAAAGACUGAGCCCCUCGUUCUUAGACCUGUUCCGCACGCAGAACCUGAGGAAGUACACCUUCAUCCUGAUGUACCUGUGGUUCACCAGCUCUGUGCUCUACCAAGGCCUCAUCAUGCACGUGGGAGCCACGGGCGGGAACCUCUACCUGGAUUUCCUGUACUCCGCUCUGGUUGAAUUCCCAGCCGCCUUCAUCAUUCUCCUCGUCAUCGACCGCUUCGGCCGGCUCUACCUGCUGGCCGGCUCCAACCUGCUGGCAGGAGCAGCCUGUUUCCUCAUGAUCUUCAUCUCACAUGAUCUGCACUGGCUGAGCAUCGUGGCAGCUUGCAUUGGCCGAAUGGGUAUCACCAUCGUCUUCCAGGUGGUGUGCCUGGUGAGCGCCGAGCUGUACCCCACCUUCAUCAGGAACCUCGGCGUGAUGGUGUGCUCCUCCCUGUGCGACCUGGGCGGGGUGGUCGCGCCCUUCCUGGUCUUCAGGCUGACGGAGGUUUGGCGAGGCUUGCCCCUCGUUUUGUUUGCGGCGCUGGGCCUGGUCGCGGGGGGAAUGUCGCUGCUUCUUCCGGAGACCAAGGGGGUCGCUUUGCCAGAGACCAUCGAGGAGGUGGACAGGCUGGGGAGGAAAGCAAAGCCCAGAGACAACAUGAUUUACCUUCAGGUUAAAAUGCCAGAACCUGCAGGCAUCUGAGAGAGAGGCGUCUCUGGGGACCAGGUGGUGGCGAGGUCGAUGGAGUUAUUAUCUGAAGAAAUGAACAGAAAACCCUAUUUCCCCGAAUUCUCCCUCCUUCUUGCCUGCUCCCAUGUCAGUAUCAAUUCUAAAGAACACCAACUAUGCUUUAUCUUCUUUCUUUUAAGUCUCUCAAAGUCCUGGCUAUCUUUUAUUUUUUUUCUGGCUAUCUUUUAUUUACUUAUCCUUUCUAGUGAGAGCUUUGGAUGGUUACCAGGUAUUUAACUAUAUAAAGUAUUCUGAAGGUCCAAAGGAAAUUAAAUACUGCUAUCAAAGAGGCCCCUGGAACUGGUUUCUUAGAAUAAAUGUAGUUUCAUGUACUCUCUGAAAAAAA